GGGAGGGUUAAUCAUCUGCAGCUAUGAACAUGAGCAACUUUAACGUCCCAGCUAGAUGAUGACGUCGGUGGACCUUGCCAGAGAAGAACUGAGCUCUCGAGAACACGAGCAAUUUGACGGGAUCCGGGCGAAUGAACUCCAACGAUUCUGGAAAACGGCACGGAUAAGGAUUUAGCGUUAUGAGAGAUUAUAGUGGAACAAGAGAGAUGGGUGGCCAAGGAGGCUCGUGCAUGGCGUGUUGCCAAGUUUGCAUUUAUGCAUUUACAGCUUUUCUCAUCGUGGCAGAGAGGACAGCGCUGAUAUACUGCUUUGUGUACUACCUGUGGGUGGGGCAUAACUACUGCUACGGCCUGUGGGCGGGGCUGACUGCUUUGCUCCUCCUCCCUGGAUGGGGCCCUCAGUUGCUUAGUUACCUGUGGUACCUAUGUGACGGGCGCAUACCCAGGAAGUCCCUCCGCUGGACCCACAUCCUGCAUCUGGGCAUCUUCAAGAGGUUGUGGGAGUGUAUGUUUCUUCCUGGGUUUGACUUGUCCUCAGACAUCAUGCAGCAGGCUGAUGUUUCCGCUCUGCGGCUGUUGGAGGCGCUGGUGGUCACCCUGCCUCAGACGGUCCUGCAGACAUACGUUCUCAUCUGCACGGAUAUCGGUCUCUUCUCUCCAGUUCCGGUGUGUUUUGUGGUGUGCCUGCUGUCUCUGUCCUGGGCGUUGGUGCUUUAUGCCAGGGCUUGUUACCUCAUCAGACCCGGCCAUCUGCCAAUGACCCCUGCUGCCAUGUCAUGCCGACUGCUUUGGAGGGUCAGUAUGAUCGGAGCUCGUGUAGCCACUCUCAUGCUCUUCACACGGUUGUUCCGGUCGUGGGUUUUGGGUGUCAUAGGGCUCCACUGGAUGGGCGCUACAUUCUGGCUGGUGUCUCAGCAGACCGACAUCAUCAGAACGGUGCCGCGAUGGCGUCUGUUCAACCUGGUCCUGGGAGCCAUCCACAUCUUCCUCUUCCUCAACGUAAAGGACGGCCCCUCAAGAUACCGCAUAGCCGGCUUCUAUCUGGCCAUGUUUGUAGAGAAUGCUCUCCUGCUAUUGGCUGGCUCAGAUUUCUUCAGUGUGGCUACCUGGGACAGCAUGGGCAUCCCAGCCGCUGUGUUCUGCAGCUUCCUGAUUGGUGUCAUCGCCCUGGUCCUGUACUAUCGCUUCUUGCAUCCCAAGUCCUUUGAGAUCUUCCAAAGCCUCCGUCACAGAGGGGUAGGAGGGAUGUGUAUGGAGAGGGGUUCCACCCUGUCACUGGAAGAGAAAACCACACCCACCUCCCAUCGCCAUGCAACACUUGUUGGGGGCGGGACUCUGCUGGACCUACCAGGCCAAUGGGAAGGCUGGAAACACCACCACUGGUUGCUGAUUCGCCUAGCCCUAAAAACAGGAAACGCUGCCAAGAUAAGCAGUUGCUAUGGUGAAGGCGGAUUGGCUGGAUUGAUGGGGCUGGAGGAGCGAAGGGCCCGUCAACAUUUUCCAGAUGUUCCUCAGCCGAGCCUUCCACAUGUCGCAGAGGUUCCCCACGUUCCACAGGUUCCCCACGUUCCACAGGUUCCCCAGGUGGAAGAGGUCGAACAGUUGGUGGAUGUCCCCCAGGUGACGGUUGUCGUACCAACCAGAGAGGUGGUGAGAGAGGACGACCCCAGCCCGCCUCCGUCCGAGGAACGAGAGGACGACGAGUACCAGAGCGCCGCCUACUGCUCCCCCAGCCCCUCGCCCAAACCUAGCCUCCGCCACAUCGACAGCAACGGGGCCACCACGCCCGAGGGGUCCUUGUCUGUGGCGUCGCUGGAGAUCAAAGACAUCUCAACUCCGGAGAGACGUCCAUCUCUCUUCAUCGGGAGUCCAGAGAGGAACUUGAACCCCAUCGAGCCCGUGACCGGCAUGUACUUCAGCACUGACGCCCCCUCGCCGUCCACCGGAAGCUACCUGGGCUGGGGCUCCGAGCUGUCUCCCAUGUCCAGCUACAGAAGCCCCUACCGGAUCAGGGAGCCGCGUCUCACCUCCACCCCCAGACAGGAGCCCCAGGCUGAGGUACCUGAGGAACCUGGCCUAGCCCCACCUUCCACCUCCCACGCCCGCAAACAAAUGGUCCAGUUUGUGAACAUAAAUACAGAUAAAUUGAUUUGAUGGGGAAUACAAAAGAAAAAACAAGGGUUUGGGUUAAUUCCUUGGCAAUUCAGUCUCAGUUCCAGAUAUUGAGAGGAUGUAUAUUCUCCUUAUUUCCUAAAAUCAAAUAAUCAGGUCUUGGUUGGAAUAAAUGGAAUUCACCCCAACUCUUGAGUCAAACGAAUAUUUAAGACUAUGUAAGACUUAUGGAUGGGGACCAACCUGUGUCUGCUUUUGACAAGAUGUUACAUUCAUGUACCUUGUGUUGGCUGAAGCAGAAACAGCAUGGCUCCCCAGUAGGCCUCAACAUAACAUUCAGUUUGAGCAGUCCGUCAGUGGGAGGUUCUGAAUCUCAUUAAAACGAUCACGCACACAGAGACACAAAUAAUAUUAUUAUAUUAGAAUAAAUAUGAUUGUCUAAUGGAGUUAAAGCGAAUGAACACAUUAAAUUGUUGUUCAUGGUUUGCUAGAGAGAAGAGUUUAUAUUUAUAAGGCUUUUUUUUUCUUUUUGCAUUUUGCUGCAAUAAUUUGAGACAGUUGCACUUCAGAGCAAAUGUGAGAUACUAGUUAAGUGUAGCCUGUUUCUUGUGAACAGAGAGGCUCUGGUAUAGGGUUGGAAUGUAUAUAGCAUCAUAAUGCAUAGCAAUGUAAUAUUUAAUCAAAGGUAGUAAAGCAAUAUAAGAAAAAAUAAACACAAAUCUAUUGUGAUGUGCUAAACAUUAAAAAAUAUGUUUUAUCAAUAGUGUUUAAAAGUACUAAGUUAUUCAGUUUGUUUACUUUCAUGUUAAAGAUGGAAGAUCUUAAGCUAGACAGCAAUCACUGCUGCUUAGAUGGUAAGAAUCAAAGUGACACCAAAGUUAUGUGUGUUUAAAAAAACGGAGAAAUUACAAAGUCUUGACAAAGUUCCAGAUUGUGUUUUGAUUUCUCUCUCUAGUCCACUGCAUGCAUGUUUGAAGAACUGGACCCACCAGUCUGGUCCUAGUCUUCCAUUUUACAGGAGUACGUACUUUCCAAUCCAAUCACUACUGAAAGUUGUCAUUCACUGUGAGCUUCGAGGGGCAAGGAUAGAGACAAGAUACGGAACAAUGCUUGAAAGGGACUAUACUAAGAUAUGCUGUUAUGAUUGACCAGAAUAGUGUUUUAUUUCUUGUUUUUAUUCCUCCGUUUUAUGUAGCCAAAGUAGGACUGCAUUUGUGUUCAAGUUACUUUGACAGGGGCAGUCGAAAUAGUCACUGCGCACUUUCUUCUAUUAAUUUGACUUUAUAAAACCAGUGUACUGUUGCGUACCCUGUUUAAAACAAGCACUUACACACAUUAAUCAAGCACAGGUGCUAUGCUAGAAUGUAUCUCUAUGCAUCCUAAUGUCAGUAUGCUAAUAUGAGUAUGUAUGUGUUUGUAAAUGUGUAAGUGCACCUGCACGAGCUUUAGAAUGCUAUCGCUACGCCUUGGCUUGAUCUUGACAAUGAUGGAUUCAUAAUCACUUGAUCACAUGAUCAUAAACGCUUGCCUUGUAGACAUUAAUGACAACAUCAGCUGCGAUGAUUGUCAGCACAUUGCUUUGAAUGGCAAUAUCACUAUUUGGUGAAUUGGAGUGCUUUCAGUUUCAUUAAGCCCUUCUUUUUAAACUUUUAUAUUUUAUUUUAUUCAGCCAUGUUUAUGUGAAGAACGUGGGCAGAAUCACAAUCAGUUAUUCUUAGAUUGUUUAUAUAUGCAUUGGAAUCCUUCAACUAAAUAAUUAUGUUUCCUCUUAAUGAUGUGUUGCCUGUGACCCCAGACAAAUGUUUAACAUUGGAUUGAUUUAUCUAAUGACACCACAAACCCAAAUAAGUGAUACUGUGUAUGUAUUGUAUUAUUGAGACAGAAUAAACACAAGUA